CAUACAUACAACUAAAGACGCCUUGACUUACUUUUAAGUGUUUGUUGAUUUAGCUUACUUAUCACGUUUAUGCACGUUUUACGUUUUGUAGAACAGCCAUGGAAAUGUUGUUUUGAUUUCAGGAUCCUGCUUUUCCGGGCGGUUACCUUCCUUGUUAAUGCUCGUGAGCGGUUUUCCCACUACGCUAUCAUAAUCGUAACCCUUUCCUGGCUCCUCGUACUGCCACCUCUUUAAGGCAAAUUCUAGUUUCUUAAUGUGGCGCAGCAAAUGUGCCGCUUUGAGCAUUAAAAUCAACAGAGGCAACCACAACUCGCACUCUAAAAAGCCUCCCACAGAAUGCGCUCUGCCUCUCUCUCUCUCUGUACUCUUCCUCUCUCUCUGUUACUUCGCAGAUUUCUCAAAAAGUGUUUUAUUCGCUCAGGUAAAUUGAGUGAAAAUCCGGUGUGUAAGUAUACAUGAGUUUCUACAUGGCCGUGUCAAAUUAGGCGCACGUGUAUUUUGAUUGCUGAUAGAUCGCUUCAACUGAAUGGAUUUUAAUAAUUUCGCAAUUUUGCAAUCUGAUUUCAAUUGAAAUUGCCCAAUAAAGUGUUCAAUUGCAAAUACUCUGUGAAACAAUACAGGCGUUCCAGACUUUAGUUCGUAAAAUGCGCCGCAGAUACUACAACUUUUGGGCUUCAGCUCUACUUAUGGCCAUUUCACUUGCCGGCGCGGAACCAAAGAAGCUCGUAGUGUUUGACACCAUAGAAUGUGCCAUCAAAAGCAGUGCCUUCUCAAAGGUUGAUUGUAAGCUGUAUUCCCGAAUGGAAUUUAAUGCCCUUUUAACCAUUGGCGAAAAAGAAUUUGCUGACAAAGUGUUGGGAGUUUGUGAAGUUCAAAUCUAUCCAAGAGGUCAGAAAAAGAUAACGAGGAUAAAAAACCUAAGAAUAGACUUUUGCCAAUUGAAGAAGCAUACCGAAAAGCGCUCAGUACUGGGCAUAUACUACCAAGCACUGCGCCGAGCUGUUGUCGAUUUUCCCAAAAAGUGUCCCUUUCAAAAGAACACCACAUAUGCCGUAAAUCGGUUGCAUUUGGGCUGGAAAGACGUGCCGCAAUAUCUACCCGAAUCUAACUUUACUUUUAGGGGCAAGAUUUAUGCAAACGAUGAGUUAGCACUCGAGGUCAAGCUGACUGGCGGAUUUUUUGAAAUUCGCAACGAUUCCGUCUAUAGGAAGCCCUUAUUGGAAAGUGCAUAA